UGAGUUUGAUGUGACCAGGUGCAUGUUCUCUGCUGGCAACAUCACAGAGAAGCUCAGGGUUGCCUCAUUCAACUGCAGUGGGGAGACUGUGGUGGAUUUAUAUGCAGGUAUUGGCUACUUCACUAUCCCAUUCUUGGUGCAUGCGGGGGCUAGCCAUGUUCAUGCUUGUGAGUGGAACCCAGAUGCCGUGGAAGCCCUGCAGAGAAACUUGGGAGUUAAAUGGAGUGUGGCAUCACUGCACCGACCACAACAGAGACAACCGGCAACUCCCAUUGUGUAACCUGGCUGACCGGGUGAAUUUGGGUCUUAUACCCAGCUCUGCAGAUGGCUGGCCUGUUGCCUGUCGACUACUGAGGAAAAGGACCGGUGGCAUGUUGCAUAUUCACCAGAAUGUUACCGCACCACAUCAUAUUACAGACUGUGACACUUCCUCUGUUCCUGUCAUGGAGAGAGUGGACAUUUCUGGAGGAGACAUUACAUUACAUUACAUUUACAUUUAAGUCAUUUAGCAGACGCUCUUAUCCAGAGCGACUUA